UGUUUGGCGUCGCUUAGCGACCGACCAACCGUCUGCCCUCCUCAUCCCCAUCACCUCCUCCUCCUCCCCACUCCCACUCCCUCCCAGAACAUGGACGACCCGGACAGUGUUGGAACCCCAAAACAAGAUCAAGAUGCAUCAGAAACUCAAGAGGAGUGGAACGAGGAAGAUGAGGAUGAAGAUGAGGUACAAAUACAAACCCUCCUUGGAGCAGAUGCAGCAGAAGACCUUUUGGAGGAAGAUGUUAUGGAUGAAGACAUGGGGAGGAUUGUUUCAGCAUCCCGUAAGCCACCAGAGCAGGCUGCCGUCGUUCCAGAGCAGGCUGCUGUCGUUCCAGAGCAGGCUGCCGUCGUUCCAGAGCAGGCUGCCGUCCUUCCAGAGCAGGCUGCCGUCGUUCCAGAGCAGGCUGCCGUCGUUCCAGAGCAGGCUGCCGUCGUUCCAGAGCAGGCUGCCGUCGUUCCAGAGCAGGCUGCCGUCGUUCCAGAGCAGGCUGCCGUCGUUCCAGAGCAGGCUGCCGUCAUUCCAGAGCAGGCUGCCGUCAUUCCAGAGCAGGCUGCCGUCAUUCCAGAGCAGGCUGUCGUCAUUCCAGAGCAGGCUGUCAUCGUUCCAGAGCAGGCUGCUGGCGUUCCAGAGCAGGCUGCUGGCGUUCCAGAGCCAGUCCCACUCAUUCCAGAGCAAGUUCUCAAAAAGGAGGAAAUUACGGAAGCGGACAGAGAACAAGUCGUUCAGCCUACUCCUGAAUCCCCCGUAUUGCCAGAGCCAGAAACAGUUGUACAAACUCCAGAGGCUGUCACAAUAUGA